UGGGUACAGUGUUGUAAGUCAAUCCGCUUGUUAUUGCUUCCUUAGCUGUUGUUCGUUUUGAGAGUUGCAAGUGGAUUUUAGCUAUUUCAGCACCAAUUGAUUGGAAAAUUAGUUAAUAUAAUGAAUUUUCGCGUCAAUAUAAAUAUUUGCCGUGUUUGUAUGAAAUCAGACGACAGCGUAUCACUUAUGGAUGAUGAAGAAUUGCGCGAAAAGUUUGUGUUUACAACGCGUUUGAAGCUCAUAGAAAGUGAUGAUAUGCCUUCUUUAAUUUGUUCUAAGUGCUUAAAACGACUGCGAGUAGCCUACGAUUUCGUAAAGUUAGCCCACGACUCGGAGAAAAAUUUGAAGGCAUUUCUCGAAAAAAUUAGUAAAGACUUUCAAUUAGUAACAAAUAACACUAUUGGAAAAUCCAAUAACAACGAAGAUGACGAUGAUCUCUUGUCAAACAUUCUUGCUGAAGAGAAUGCAGCCAAGAAAACAGAAUCAUUAACGCAAACAUCGUUACAAAAAGAUGAAACCGCAGUUUCUUCUUCCGAGCUAUCCAGUAGUGUUAAAACUAAUAACAGAAAAACUGCUAUAGAAAAAACGGAAAACAAUGUAGGUCAAAUAACACUAAAGACCACAAAGUCUGCUAUAGCUGAUACUACACCGCAAGAUAUAUCAAAAGAUAUAUACAAAAACAAAAUGAAAUUAAAUAUUAAGAAAGAAAGUGUUAAUAAAGAAAUAAAAGAUUAUCAAUCUUUUGAGUCCAAUAUUCAAGUGGAAAUAGAAGAAAAUCUAGAGGACAUCACAAAGUGUGGUAUUGAAACAACAAAAGAACAUUCCUCAGAACACGAAAUACAAAUACUUGAAUACACCGAUGAAGAGUCACAAACAGAAUUAGAAAUAUUGGAAGAAAAUCUUCAACCUAGUGACGAUACUAGAAGUAGUCUUGGUACAGAGGAGCCGCAACCGCAAAGUAGCGGAGGAUUUCUUAAGGAAUAUCAAGCAAUGCUUGAUGAAGAUGGCGAGUUUCUUGAAGAAAAUAGUUCUAUACAUGAUAAAACUACAUCAUCUAAAGAAUUGAAUUACUUUGAUGAUAGUGAAGAGCUAUUGGAUGACCAAGACAUCGAAAUGAAAUCUAUAGCCGAAGAUAAUCUAGAUGAAGAACAAAGUGUUGACACCUCAUCACAGCUGCAAACUGAAUUCGUCGAAAACGAUACUAAAAGUAAAACACGUAAAUACCAGGCGAAAACCAACGUUCGUGGUUCGAGUGCUAAACCAGCAAAAAAAGGUGAUAACUUGAAUACAUCAAAGCGAUUUCUAUGUUUUAAAUGUAAUCGGGACUUUAGCACUAAAACAAACCUAACGCGGCACAUGACAACACACGAAGGCAACCGACCAUUUCAGUGUAAUGUAUGUAACAAGAGCUUCACCCAGAAUGUAUCCUUAAAGCAGCACAUGUACACACACACUGGUGAGAAGCCAUAUCAAUGUGAGGUGUGCCAUAGAGGUUUUACCCAAUGUAAAAGUCUAGUAUUUCAUAUACGCCGACAUACCGGCGAUAAACCAUUUCCAUGUGAAAAAUGUGGUGCACUCUUCCGACAAAAAGAUGGGCUUAAGACCCACAUUCUUAAACGGCAUACAAUCAAGUCGCAACAUGGUAAUAUGGAGUUAACAACAUGCGCCAUAUGCAAAGAAGUGUUUGCUGAUAAAAUUCUGCUUCAGGAGCAUAUGAAAAAACACUUAAACGACUAUGUGCGUGUUGACUCUGCCAUGUCAUGCGCGAACCGUGAAGGAACAACCGAAGAGAAUUCAGACAUGCUCGAAUUUUUAGAUGAGGAUCCUCUACACGACAAAGCAAAUGCCAUUAUUGGCGAAAGCACAUCAGAGAGCACUGAUGAUAUUGGCUCGUCGGCACAUGUGGUAGAUUUAAUGACGACUUCUGCUUUGGAGCCGAGUCGUGCAAAGAAAUUUCAGUGCCGAAAAUGUUUCAAAUGCUUUGCAAUUAAAAAAAAUUUGCUUCGUCAUUUGACUACACAUGAGAUAUCCGUUGAUACUGAUUUCGUCUGUAAAGUAUGCGAACUUUGCUUUGCCACCAGUGAUGACUUACAAGCGCAUACAAUAAACGGGCACCAUAACACUACCGAAUCCUUCGAAUGCGAACUGUGUCAAUCCGCAUUUUCUAGCGUUGAAGAGCUAAAGAAACAUAGUGAUUUGCAUAAUGCUAAAACAUACAAGACCCAUGGCGUUGCUAGGUUGCGAAAAACUUGUUUCAAUUCAAUAUUAACUUAUAAAGAAAAUAUGGAAGUAUGUCGUAUUUGCGGAGGAGCUGAAAGACUCAAAAGUUUUCAAGGCGAUGAGCAAUUGAAGGAGUUGCUAAGAGUUUGCGCGAACAUUACAAUAGAAGAAAAUGACUUUUUACCAAAGCAUAUAUGCGAGCAAUGUGAGAAUGGUUUGCGUUUUUCUUACCAGUUGCGAAAACAAAGUGAAGAAACCGAAAAGCGGUUACGGCAGGAGAUGCAGACACAAACCAAUAGUACAAUUGAUAUUCUAGAUGAGUUUACUUCGAAUGAUGUGAAUCAAUUUGCCCAAACGGCUGAUUUAAUAAGACACAAAAGUCUGAUUUCAGAAAUAAACAUAAAUAUUUCGACUACAACUAAAGAAUCGAAUUGCGUACUUAUCGAAGAAAAUCACACACAGGAGAUAUUUGCGUCCACAAGCCUAUGUAUGGAAAUUAAAGAGCACCAGAGCAUUGUAGAAAUAUUAGAUGAUGACAAUUUGCCCGAAUUAUCAGAAGAAGAACGUCUCAGGUUAGAUUUGCAGAAGCGAGGCGUCGAUAUGCAGAAGCGCUUGGUGUCGAUAGAAAACGAACCGUUUAAUCAAGGACAGGAGGUAAUUGCAGAAAAGCGAAUUCAACUGGAUUUGGAUACGCAGACAGAUGUAUUUAGUGAUAUGGAAAUGCCGGCGGACAAAUGUUUGGAAAUUUUAAAUAAUGAAUUUAACGAAAUUAACGAUGAAGAUGACAUUAUUGAAUUAAUUGAUGAUGAUUCAACGCCAGAGUUACCGGACCAAGAAUUUUCUACCAAACAAGUAUGCGAAACAUUGAAUACAGACGAAAAUCAAGAUAAGGACUUUGUAGAAGAGAUAUUGUCUUCAGACGAAGAAGAUCAGGGUAUAGGUUACCAAACGGAUAUAGUAUAUGAAGAAUCCUCUGAUGGUGUUGACGAAUCCAUCAAUAUCGAUGAUUGUCAAAUGCAUUUUAUGAAAGAAGAAGGUAGUGAUUUUGCUGGCAAUGAGUGCAUUGAAAAUGAGUCGGUUAUAACACAAGAAAAUGAGGGGGACAUAACGACGAUAGGUGUUGACGGUGAAACACAUAAUAAUUCGAGUGAUGGAAAAUCGGCAUGCGUAUACACCUGCUCCACAUGCGACUUACAACUAUCUACAGCUGCAGAAUAUCGUGAGCACACCAAAACACAUUAUGAUAAACGAUUUCUCUGCAAGAAAUGCAAUACAUGGUUUCCACUACGUACCAGCCUAGAAAAGCAUUUACUGUUUCAUGAAAGCGAACAACAGAAACCAGAAUGUCCACACUGUGGACGUACAUAUCAGAGCCGUUGGAAUUUAAGACGGCACAUACGUGGCAUGCAUGAUAAAGUUGUUUAUAUGUGCGACAUUUGUGGUAAGGCGUUUCCCCGGUCUGAUGUACUGCAAGUUCACGUGGCCAAACAUUCAGAGGAUGGCGACCUUCGGUGCGAACAGUGUUCGAAAUGUUUCAGUUCAAGGAGUACCUUAAAAAAUCACAUGAAAACUCAUCUAAAGUCCUCAAUUGUAAAAAAAAGUGAAAAUGUCACAAAGAUUGCUAGUGCUGGUGUUGGUGCUGACGCUAAAAACACCAAUGGAAAAAAGGUUUACUGCUGCCACUAUUGCGGCAAGGAGUCCAAACAUCAUUUCACCCACAAAAUGCAUAUGCGCAUACAUACGCAAGAACGGCCGCAUAAAUGUGAAGCUUGUGAUAAGGCUUUUCGCACAAUGGCCGCGCUGAUUACCCACGAACGCAUACAUGAGGAUGCACGGCCAUAUCAGUGCGAACACUGUUUGCUCUCCUUUCGACAGCAGGGCCAUCUCAAGGAGCACCGUAUGAUACACGAAGGCAUUACACCGCAUGUGUGUAGUAUUUGCCAAUUGUCAUUUACCAAAAAAAACAAUAUGCUUGUGCAUAUGCGUAUACACUCUGGUGAAAAUCCCUAUAAGUGCGUUAUAUGUGAUAAGCAGUUCAAGAAAGCCGCACUAUUGCGAAAACAUGAAAACGAGGUGCAUAACAAAAACACAACUGAUGAGCAUGCAGGCGAUAGCACAUUUAUUGAUUUAGCAACAGAGUUGGUAUGCAGCGAUAGCAACAGUCUGGAGCUAAUAGAAACAGAGAAUGCCUCGUCAAUUGAGAGCAGUGCCAUAAGCAAUGGCGUUGAUAUGCAGGAGGGCUUCGAAGAAAUGCCCGAUGUAAUUAGAAAUGUAGUUUUAGAACAAAAUCAUACUAGAAAUCCAACCAAUAAUGAGUUUGAUGUAAUUGACAGUGGCGUUGUGUUGGUGGUGGAUGAUAACGCGAAAUUUAAUAGCUUAUUUAUUAUGGAUGAUUAAUUUUUGAUUAUAAGAUUGUAGUUAAUUUCGAAAUGUCCGCUACACUUUUCGAUUUCGAAUUUUUUGGAAAUAUUAUAUUUAGAAAUUUGGGCAUUCUUAAGAGAAAAGAAGAAUUUAUUUUUAUUUUUUAUUUAUUUCGUCUUCUGUUGCAUGCAAUUUAAAAAAGUUAUAUCGUAUAAUCAAAAUAUUUUUUUCAGUGUUCUACGUUUAUAUAAGUCGAGUAAUAAAAUCAUGUGGCGUAACGCAUUAAAUCAACUAGACGGCGAGCGAUACGCAGGCCACUUGUAAUAUGCAUAAUAUAUUUAAAUAUAUAUACUUGUAUAUAAGUCUACAAUUAUUAAUAUUACCUUUAGAAAGUUCUUACUGGCAUAAAAUUAUUUUUAUACCUUUUAAUAAAAAUGUAUUUUGAUGUCCCAAUCGCACAAUAAAUAUUAAGGUCUUUAAACAUUGCAAUAACUUGAGCUUAUGCAUUCAGUUUUUGUUAAAGAAAGCGUUUUAAAAUUAGCUUUAAAUUUAAUGUACAUCAUACAUUUAUAAAUUUGUACUACAUAUGUAUGUCAACCAAAAAUUUUGUAUUACUUUUAUUUUUUUGUUUUGUUUCAAAAAGUUCAAUCAUCAUACAACAUUAUAAUACUAUUUUAAAACAUUACAAAUAAUCCAAAAUAAAGUACAAAAAAAUUGUAAAUAA